ACAAGCGCUGGAUCCUCCUCCGCUUCUCUCCUAUCAUCUAUUCUGAAACCAGUUCCGUAUUCAGUGCUAGCCUACAUUAAUGUAACAUCGGCGCCCACAUCAUACAGCGUAUAUAGGUAGAAUUGUCGGAAAAGAUCACACCAUCUCGACCAUGGAGCCUUGAACUGGAAUGUAAGAGAUGCGUUUACUACUCGCUACUCAGAAGCCGAGAAAACGAUGCUUACUCCCACAGCACCACAGAGAUGAAAAUGCAGCACACUUGAUAUCUCACUGGAGGGGAAGCCUGAAUUAAGAUGAAGCGACUGAAGGGGAAAACCCAGAAGUGUGGAGCAUUUCAGAAAGUCCUGUGAACUCUGACCUCCAGCCCCCAUCUGCCAUCAUUCCUUUCCCCAUUACACAACACUCCCAUCCAUCAACACUCCUGCUCUGGUCCAAGAUGACCUCGCCGAGAAAGCACCUGGUCAAGGAUUUCAACCACUUUAUCACAUGCUACGUGUGUAAAGGAUACCUGAUCAAGCCCACCACGGUGACAGAGUGCCUGCACACCUUUUGUAAAAGCUGCAUUGUCCAACACUUUGAAGACAGCAACGACUGCCCCAAAUGUGGUAUCCAAGUCCAUGAAACCAACCCCCUAGAGAUGUUAAGGUUGGACAACACUUUAGAGGAAAUCAUUUUCAAACUCGUGCCUGGGCUAAGAGAAAAGGAACAACAGCAGGAGAUUGAGUUCUGGAGGAGUCGAAAGUCAAAGGAGAACGGAGAAGAAGAUGGCCCCCGAUCAAAGAGAUCUAGGCUGAAUGACGAGGAUGAUGAUGGUGGGGAUGGAGACUACCACAGGAGUGACCCUCAGAUAGCCAUCUGUCUGGAUUGUCUACGCAACAACAGCCUGGUGGAAGAGAACAUUGUUCGAGCUGAUUGGGUUAGGUACAGUAUUAUGAAGCUAACUCCAUUAUGUCCCUCCAACUGCCUAACACCUCAGAAUGGCUUAAUGAAGAAAUUUAUACGCUGCUCGACUCGAGUGACAGUCGGAACAAUCAAGAAGUUUCUCAGCUUGAAGUUAAAACUUCCAAGUUCUUAUGAGCUAGACGUCCUAUGCAACGGGGAGAUCAUGGGAAAAGACCACACCAUGGAGUUCAUCUACAUGACGCGAUGGAGACUUCGCGGUGAAACUGCCUACCCAAUGGUACUAGAAUAUCGCCCACGGAUAGACUUUGGUUGACGGAGGGAGACGUGGGACUACUCCUGUACUAACUAACAGCCCAUUGACAGACUACACAAUGAAUGGAUGUGCCUGGCACAAGAGACAAGGACCACACAUCUUCUUAUCAUCUGCAUGCAGUAAUCUGUUAUUGCCUCUAAUCUCAUUCUGUUCUCGUACGUUAUCUUUCAGUUUCAAUAUCUGCGUUUCAUUUUUAUUUUUUUUACGCAUCAAGGGUUUAAGAACAUUCCAUCAUGACGUAUUGAUUCUUAAACAAGCACCGAAAUGUAAUUGAUUGAAGAGUGAAGACAUGCCCUUUAAUUCUACAGCACAUGGAAGUGUCCCUAAUAACACAAGGUGAAAUUACUAGAAGUCCGUUGUUACGCAACACAAAAUAGAUAUUCCAAGACAAAGGUGUGCACUGGCAAACGGCCCAUAAUUAUUUCACCUUAUCUAUGCUGGAUUUAGUGUCUUACAUGAUUCCCUCCCUUACUCCUGUUUUUUAAUCAUUAACUACGGUAGUGCCUUUCCCCACAUGCCUCUUUCAGUGCAGAGCCCUUCGAAAUUCAAACUGCUUUUCAUAUGAAAUC